CAUCAAGUAAACUAUGACAUAAAUUAAAAUUAUGCCCCGAAAAGAAAAAACAAAUGCCAAAACAUGGGAACGAGACAGAAGAAAUCGUAUGAAUUCAUAUUUCAAAACAUUGGCAGAUCUAUUACCACCACAUCAAGAAGGACGUCCAAGAAACAAAGUAGAUAUUUUAAUUCAUGCAUCAAAAUUUAUAAAAGAAUUGACAAAUCAAACAGAAGAACUUUUUCAUGCUCAUGCUAUCGAUGCACACAAAGAAGAAUUAACUCGUUUGAAAAAAUUAGUAACACAACUAUUUUCAAGAAACGAUUUACUAUCAACACUUUUAAAAGAUGCAGGAAUAACUGUACCAUCAGAACCAGCAUUAGAAAAAAUAUCACCCUUAAAAUGGUCAAACAAAAUAAAUGUUGAUGAUGACGAAAAAUAUUUAGGAAAAAAAACAGAUAAACGAAAAAAUAAAACAGUAGCUGUAAAAAAAAAAACAACAAUAACAUCAUCACCAAAAAAAUCAACAAGUAAAAAAGAUACAUCAGAAAGUGUAAAUAUAUCAUGUGAAGAUCAAGAAAACCAUGUAAAUACUAGUACAAUCAAUAAUAAUAAUAAAAAUGAUGAUUCACAAGAUAAUGAAACAACAAUUAAUCCAUCUGAAAUACAAAGUAAUUCAGCAUCAUUAACAACAAAUGAAAUAUCUGAAGAUAAUGAUAAAACAUUAGAUAAACAAUUAUGUAAAUUAGAUACAAGAAAAAAAAUUAAAAGAAAAAAAAAGGAUAAUGAUGAUAGUAUUAAAAAUAAUGUGAUUGAACAAAGCAUAUCACAGAGUCAAUCAAUUGGUAAUUUAAUGUCUGGAACAUUGAUAUUAUCUGGUGGUAAAAUAAUGCCAUUGAUAACACCAUUAACAUCAAAUAUAUUAGUAAAUACACAAAAUCAAUCAACAAAUCCAAUAAUAAUUGGUAGUACACAUUCAAAUCCAAUGAUUGUCAUGCAACCACUUGGUAAUAGAUUACAAAAUACAAUUGUACCAAUGACUAAUCAAAAUUUAACUGAUGUUGUACAAAAAGUUACGAUAAAUACAUUACCAAAUAUUCAUACAAAUGUUGGUAUUAAUUCACAAGAUUGGGUAUCAAAUGUUAGAACAAUUGUUGAAGCUAAUAAUAUCAGUGGAAAAAAAUGUAUACUACCAAAAAGAAAAGACAUAACAAAUACAACAAUGACAUAUAAAGUUCCAAUACCAGCUAUUCAUCGAGAUAAUAAUAAUAUUAAUAAAUCAGUGGAUAAUAGUAAUGUUAAUGAUAAUAAGAUAACUGGAAAAAAUAAAGCCAAGAGACAAGUUAAGUCUAAAAAAGCUAAAAUUAAUGAUACAUCUGACAAAUGUGAUACAUUGAUUGAUAAAAAAAUAACAACGGAUGAUUGUACUAAUAAAAAACGUAAAAUAGCUUGUAAAAAAAAUGACGGUCCAAUUGAAAAAGUAGCAAAAAUUAAAUUACCAGAGACUUGUGUUUCAAUUGAAAAUCUUCGACAAGUUGUUGAAAAAAUUGGUGAUAAUAAUGAUGAUGAUAAAGAAAAAACAACAACAAAUGUUUCGUCUCCAAUUUGUAAAAAUAAUAAUUUAGAAAAUUCAUCAGAUAAAUUAAUAGAAAAUUUAAGUAAAAAUCAAGAAAAUAUAAAGAAUGAUGAAACUACAGUUGAACCAAUUGUAGUUGAAGAAAAUAAAACAAAAAUUGAUGAUAGUAAUGAAAAUAAAUCAAAGGAAGAAUUAAUCAAUGAUAAACCAUCAACAUCAAAUGAAUCAUCUCAAUUGUGUAUUGUUAAUAAUGUUAUUGUCGAAGAGAUGACAAUUGAAAAGCCAAAAAAAAUGUGUGUUAAUGAUGAAGGAUAUGACAACAUAAUGAAUACAACAGCAGCAACAGCAACAACAACAGCAUCAGUUGUUUCAAAUACAAUUGACGAUAAUACAAUAACAAAUGAGAGUGGUAAAAUAAUAUUAAAUCUUGAUACAAAUACAACAACAAGAUUAAAAAGUGAAUCUUAUUCAACAUCUGAACCAAUACAACAUGCUUCAUCAAAUAUAUUAACCACAACACAUAAUAUUACUGAAGAAAUAACAAAAAUUGAUGAUAAAACAAAAGAUAUUAUUCCAAAAACAUUAUCUUAUAAUUCUAUUAAUACAUUUAUACCAAUUGGUAAUCGUAAUGAUACAUUACAUUCUGAUUUAUCAAAUGAUUUAUUUGCAUCACUAAGAGUACCAUCAAGUUCUCAUAAUCCAGAAUCAAUAUCACCAACAGUUGCUUUUCUCAUGGCAUUUCCUUAUGUAUCAUCAUUGAAUGGAAAAACUGAAGUUUUAGAAGAAGAUAUGAAAGAAGAUUUAAAAUAUCACAGUCAAACACCACCAAUGUUGCUACAAAUUGGUGCACUUGAACCAAAUAGCUUUAAAGCUAAAACAAAUAAAGAUAAAGUAUGUAAUUCUGAUAAAGAAAUAUCAAAAAUAAAUGAAUGUCAAACAGUUAAUAAUAAAUCAUCAAGUGAAAUUUUACCAGUUAAAGUAUUACCUAAAAUUAUUAAUAAUGAAACAAUUAAAGAAAGAUUGUACAAAAUUGUACCAUAUUCAGAGCCAAUUGUAUCAACAAUUUCAAAUACAACAACAACAACUACAUCACCAACAACAACAUCAGCUAAAGCUUUGAAUAAUAAUAUUCCAAUUUCCCAUUCAAUAUCAACAUUUUCAUCAACAACAUCAACAAAUAAUCAAGAUACUCAAAUAAGAAAAGUCAGUGAAAAUCCUUUGGAUAAUAUAUCGAAUAUACCAGUAUCAAUAGUUAAAAUAAACAAUGAACAAUUAAUAAAAUGUUCAGAAAAAUCAACAAUUACAAGUUCAAUGUAUGAUACAAAUUUAUUAACUCAAACAUCAGCAUCACCACUGUCAGUAUCAUCAACAAUGGCAAUUGUAUCAUCAUCAAUGAAUGAUAUUGAAAAAUAUAAUACAAAUAAUUCAAUUAGAUAUCCACAAUUACCAGAAUUUAUUCCGAGUUAUACAAAUUUAACAAACUCUAGUCAAAAUCAACAAAUAAUAACAACUGUUAAUUCACCAAUAACAUAUUCAUCAUCACAAUCAACAGUUAGCCAAAGUAAUUAUCCUGUUUAUGGAACACAAAGAGAUUCUCAUCAAUUAUUAAAUCAAACAUUUACAAAUAAAUCAAUAGACAAUUCAAUAAUGAAAAAUCAACAAUCAUCAACAACGAUUAUUGACAAUGAUUAUUCACAAAAUAUAAAUUCAAAUACAAGCCAAAAUUUACAAUAUAAAUAUCCAACAAGAACAAAAGAUUAUACAAUUCAAAAUGAAUCACAACGUCUUUAUGUUGAACAACAAAAAGAAAGAGCACAUGAUUCAUUACAUCACAAUUCACUUGGUAUGUAUGUUAAUAAUAAAGAAAGUCAAAUGAAUUAUCAUCAUGAUUAUACAAUUGGUCAGAGUAAAUCUAAUACAACAACAAUUGAUACAAAUUCAAAUCAAUUAACAGCAACUACAACAGUAACAACAACAACAACAUCCACUACAACAUCAACGACAACAACAACAACAACGACAACGACAACAGCAACUUGUAAUCGUAGUGUUGAAGUACAAUCAUCAAAUCACAACGUUAAAGAUAAUUCAUAUCAAAAUAAUUAUAUUAAAAAUUCACAAAAUAAAGAUUUAACAAAUCAAAAUAUUGUACAAAAUUAUCCAAGUCAAGUUAAACAAAAUUCACCAAUUGAUACAUAUGAUAAUUUACAACGUGAUUAUGUAUCUUCAAGAAAUACAGGUGAUCAACAAAAAGGUAAAUUAACAACAAAAAUUGAUGCACAAAUAACAACAAAUCCAACAACAAAAAUAACGACAAAUCAUUUUAAUAAUAGUAAUGAUACAUUUAAUAAUAAUACAAAAAGAAAUGAUAGUCAAAAUUAUGUAUCAUCAUCUACUUAUUCAAGAGAACAAAAAAAAAUAUUUGAUAAUACAUCAAAUAUUGGAAAAUCACAUGGUCAAAUAUUGCCAAGAUAUCAGCAACAACAAACACAACAACAAAUUCAACAACAACAAAGUCAAGCUUCAUGUAUUGCAAUAUCAAAUUAUGGUCAAACAAAUGUCACUGAAAAUCUUCCAAAAUCCACAACAUCAAUUGGUCAUAAUUCAACAAAUUUUAGUAUUUCAUCAUGGACAACUUCUUCAUCAAUUGGAACUACAAAUAAUAAUAAUAUUGGUCAAUUUGAAUCAAGUGGAGAUCAUGUUGUAGACACUGAGUCAAAAUCAGUGUGUGAUAAUUUUAAUUAUACUCAUUUACAAAAAGAUAAUAUUCCAUUUGUCAUGUCAGCUGAAUCUUUUAACAGUGCUUCAUCAACAUCAACAAGUAUUGAUACUAAAUCAAAAACAAAAUUAACACAUGAAAAACAAAAUUUUGAUGAUACAACUAAAAGUAAAAAUGUAACACAACAAAAAUCAAGUAGAAAUCAAAAUUCAACAAUAACAAAUAAUAAUUUUAAAUAUUCAAAUGAUAAUCAAAAUAAAAAUAAAUACACAAUUGAUUCAAAUUAUCCACAAGCUGAAUUUGCAUCAUUAGAACAACCGCAACAACAGCAACAACGUCAUUCAAAUUCAACAAAAAAUCAUAUUAUUCCAGCAACAAAGACAGAUAAAACAAAUUAUUCAAUUUCUGGUUAUGAUAAUCAAAUUAAUUUUGAUAUUAAUGAUUCACAAACAAAUAAAUGUCCAACUGAUAUUAUAUAUCCUGGAGAAAAUUAUAAAUAUCCUGAUGAAAAAGAUACUCAACAUACACAAUUAAAAUAUCAACCAAUAAUUACAAAUCAAUCUUUAUUAAUGCAUCAACAACAACAGCAGCAACAACAACAACAACACCAGCAGCAGCAACAACAUCAACAACAACAUCAGCAGCAACAUCAACAACAACAACAAAAUAUAAAUACUAAAUCAAAAGCCAUUGUUAAACAACAAAUACAACAAGCAGUAAGACCACCAGUAAAUUGGAUGAUGACACCAGAAAUAAAACAUAAUACAAAUAUGUCAGAUUUAAUACUUCCACCAAUUGGCAAAGAAUUAGAAUAUUGUCAAAAUAAUAUAUUUAGUCAAACAUCAGGCUAUAAUCAAAAUUCAUCAAAUCAAUUUUAUAAUAAUUAUGAAACAGUAAGUUCAGCACAUACAUUUUCAAAUGUAACAACAUUACAAACUGAUUCACGAAGAAUUGGUGAUACAUUUUAUACUGAAGAACAACAACAACCAUUUACUUGGUCACCAACAAAAAAUAAUUCAUUAUUACAAAGUACUGAUCAUACACAAACAAUGAAAACAAUUGAUCAUCAACAACAUAUUGUACCAUCAACAUUACCAACACUUGUUGGUGAUUUAGCACUUGGUACAAAUAUAUCAGAAAAACAAAGUUUCUUAUUUGGUCAAAUGCCACCAAGAUCUUCCAACGAAAUAUCAAAAAUAACAACAAAAGAAAAAGACACAAAUACUAGUGGUAGUGGUGGUGGUAGUAAUAAUAGUAAUAGUAGUAAUAGUGCUGCUAAUAAUAGUAUUAAUAGUAAUAAUAAUAAUAAUAAUAAUAGAGAUUAUCAAGCCAUGUUAAAUACACAGAGUGUUCAGCAUCCUGGUCAAGGUACAUCAUUUUUAUCAGUAAGCCAAUUAGUUGAGCAUGAAAAAGCUGAAAAAUCACAUCAUCAACAGACUCAACAUUCACAUCACCAUAAUAGUAGUAAUCAAGUUCAAGGACCACAAGCAAUUCAAACAUCCCCUUCACAAACAAAAAGUAAUAAACAAAGAAAAAGUAAUACAAGUCCCCGAACGAAUAAUAAAAGACAAAUGGAUAUAAGAAAAAAUACAAAUGAUCAACAACAACAACAGCAACAUCAUCAUCACCAUCAUCAUCAUCAACAACAACAGCAACAACAACAACAUCAUCAUCAACAACAACAACACCAGCAUCAACAACAUCAUCAACAACAACAACAGCAACAGCAACAGCAGCAGCAACAACAACAACAGCAGCAGCACCAACAACAGCAACAACAACAUACAGAUGAACAAAAAGGUUUUACAGAUCAAAUGUAUCAUCAACAAACACAAAAGUACCAUCAAAAUGAUACAACAUGGAGAAAUCGUAAUUGUAAAAGUAAUUAUACUGCUGAAGCAUUGAUUGCAGUUAAUAAUUCAAGUAUUAAUCAUCAUGAUGUUAAUAAUAGUGAUAAACAAUUACAUCAAGCAGCAAUAAAAUUUUCAACAGAUUAUUCACAAAAUAAAUAUACAAGUGGUUUAACAACAAGUGAUAUGGUUAUGCCACCAAUUAAUUAUUUAUCAAAUCCAGAUGAUCCAAAUGGAUAUAGUCAUGGACAAGUUAUUAAUCAAAAUUUUAAUCAUCCAUCAUAUACAUAUACAACAAAUUCAAAUAUUUAUCCAACAAGUAAUUUUAUAUCUGGUAUAUCAAAUACACCAAGUAGUUAUAUGAUGCCACUUCAUGAUAAUCCAACAGAUUAUCUUGAAAAUAAUACAUUUUUAUUGCCAAAUGUUGUAUCAACAUCAAAAACAUUGACAAAUAAUACUUUAACAUCAAGUGUAUCAUCUUCGUCAUCAUCCUCUUCAUCAUCUUCAUCAGCAGCAGCAGCAACAACAAGAGCAACUUCAUCUGUUGUCAGUGGUUCAACAAAUACUAAAAAUCAACAUUAUAAUAAUACUAGCAGUAGUAGUGUCGCUGCUGCUACUACUACUACUACUGCUGCUGCUGUUGUUGCUGUUGGAAAACAACAAAAUUGUGAUAAACGUAAUAGUUAUACAAGUGUUACAAAAAAAAGUAGUAAAAGAAAAAUUGAUACGACAAUGAAUAAUUUAGAUUUUUCAAUAACUGGUUUACCAACACCAAUGGAUGAUUAUCAUUUGCAUCAUCAUUCAUCUACUUUUUUAGCACCACCACCUCCACCACCGCCAUCACAUGCUAAUCCAAUUUAUCAAAAUCAUUCGCAUUCAAGUGCUGUUGGAACAAAUGCAAAUAGACGAACUGGAUCAGGACCAAUUGUUACUGGAUCUGGAAAUUCUGUUGCUAUGGCACAUCAUCCAUCGGGAACAAGUCUUACUAAUUUUAAUCUUAGUACAAUAUUUCCGGAAAUCAAUGAUAAGGUUACCGGAUAUAAACCACCAAAUGUCAUACCACCUGGAUUAUCACAAUCUUCAAAUAAUUCAUCAACCAACUAUUCACAACGAAUUAAUUAUGCAUCAAACAAUACUCUCGGUCACGUUCCCCAGAUACCUGAAACGAGUCAAUUUUCGAAUGAUUUACCAGCUGCCCCAACAGUUCAUUACAAGGCUGUCUAGAUUAAAUAAUUUUUUUGUAUAUAAUUAUUAUAUUAAUUUUUUAUUUUAUAAGUAUAAAUUUUUAAUUAAAAAAAGUCAUAUAUUUAUCAUUGCAAUAAUUAUUAAUAGAUAAAUUUAAAUUUGCCAAUAAACAUUUUUAAUUAUUUAAUUUUUUUUCUCAAAAUGUUCGAUACAAAAAUUAUUUUUUAAAUAAUUGUUAAUAAUAUAAUACUUGGCAAUAGUUAAUAUAGUAUUUUAAAAUACGUUGUUCAAUAUAUUUAGAAAAUAAAAUGAAUUUAAAAAAUUCAUUAAAAUUAAUAUUAUUAUUAUAAAUAAAAAAUGUUAAAUACAAUGAAUAAACACGUUGAAUUUUAAUUCAAAUAAUA